ACACCAAACAACACUAUGCUUGUUUAUUUUCUACUUUCUGCUACCUUGGUUCACACCGUUCUUUCCUCAGAGUUGCCUCAAAGACUAAAACUCAGUCACCUUUUCUCUCUCUUUCUCACUCAUGACUCUUAUUUAUACCAGUGAGAAUCUUCUUCUCCUCUCCUCUCCUCUUGUGCCAUUCCGUAUUUUUCAAAUGGCUGCAUUGUGACAUUGUCAACAGUUAGUGGGGUUCUGACUUCUGAGUAUUCUGAUACCUUAAACAGACCACAUGGCUAAUUUUGAGAGAGAUGAUGUGGCAAUUCUAUCAGAUUGUCAUCCCCAAGUAUCAGUUGAAGUCGUUGAUUCUGGAUUCCCAAGGCAUGUAUCUAGGACUCGAAGUGUAUCAAUUUCUAUUCCCGCGACACUCACAGAGCCAUAUGAAAGAGAUACUAAUCUUGUGGGAUACACUGGUCCCUUACGGAUUCAGAGAAUAACUCCAUUUAAUCAGAUGAGUGGUCCAUUGCAUGCUACUAAUAGACCUGGAAACCUUUCUCGGCAGAAUAAAGUGGCACCCGAGUCACAAGCAGAAGAAAGUAAGACAGAAAAUUUUUCUUCAUGCUGUGGCGUCAUGGGUGAAAAUGAUUUGCAGAACUAUGCUUGCAAGAAUGAACAUUUAGUUAGGUCUGGUCCACUGGGAAUGUGCAGUGAUCCAUAUUGUACAACGUGCCCAACUUACUUCAAGGCUAUUCAGAAAAGUAGUUCAAAUGCUUCGGGUAUAUUUAAACAUGAGUUUCGGAAUACUCUUUACGAGGAUGCCAAGAAUUGGGCGAGAAGACUUUUUACUUUCUUGAUUCCCCAUGUUCCUAGAGUUAUGAAUCCUCACAAUAAACUUGUACAACAAUGGAAUCAAUUUUUUGCAAUAUGUUGCUUGGUGGCAAUUUUUGUGGAUCCGUUAUUUUUCUUCUUGCUCUCUGUGCAGAAGAAAAAUAAAUGUAUUGUUAUAAACUGGGGUUUUACAAAACUUCUUGUUGCACUUAGAAGCAUGAAUGAUUUCAUACACUUCCUAAACAUUAUUCUUCAGUUUAGGUUGGCUUAUGUGGCUCCUGAGUCUAGGGUGGUUGGUGCUGGGGAGUUAGUUGAUCAUCCAAAGAAAAUAGCUCUUCAUUACUUUAAGACAUCUUUCUUCAUUGACUUAUUUGUUGUUCUUCCACUUCCUCAGAUAUUCAUAUUGUUUGUCCUACCAACGCACUUAGGGACAGGGUCAACAGGAGCAAACUAUGCAAAUAACCUUUUGCGUAUUGUGAUUCUCGUUCAGCAUAUCCCUAGACUAUGUAGAUUUCUUCCUAUGAUAUUUUCUCCAGCUGGAUUUGUAUUUGAGUCUCCGUGGGCAAAUUUCUUUAUAAAUCUUUUCACCUUUGUACUGUCUGGCCAUGUUGUUGGAUCCUGGUGGUACCUCUUCAGUUUGCAGAGGGUUAUUCAGUGUCUACGAGACGCCUGUGGAAACACACAUAUUCCUGGAUGCACAAAAUUCAUUGAUUGUGGACAUGGAAAAACUGAAGCAUAUCAAAAUAAUGAAAGUUGGAGAAAUUGGACAAACAAUGCUGUUGCAAGUGCUUGUUUUACUGAAGAUGGUUUUCGUGAUGGUUAUGGUAUCUUUCUCAAAGCUGUCAACCUUACCGCACAUCCUAAUCUGUCUACUAGAUAUUUCUAUUCAUCGUUUUGGGGAUUUCAGCAAAUUAGUACACUGACUGGGAAUUUAGUCCCUAGCUAUUUUGUUCCCGAAAUUCUUUUUACUAAGGCCAUUCUUGGGUCAGGACUGUUGCUGUUUGCUCUUCUCAUUGGAAACAUACAGAACAUUCUUCAGGCUCUUGGACGCAGGAACCUAGAGAUGUCACUUAGACGACGUGAUGUUGAGAAAUGGAUGAGCCACCGGCGCUUAGGAGACAAUCUAAGAAGGAGAGUGCGACAGGCUGAACGAUAUAACUGGGCUGCAACAAGGGGGGUGAAUGAAGAAAUGCUCCUGGAGAAUUUGCCAGAAGACCUCCAAAGGGAAAUUAGACGUCAUCUCUUCACAUUUAUUAAGAAAGUUCGAAUUUUUGCCUUAUUGGAUGAGCCUAUCUUGGAUGCCAUAUGUGAGAGGCUAAGACAGAAAACAUAUAUCAAAGGAAGCAAAAUUUUGUAUGAUGGUGGUUUGGUAGAGAAGAUGGUUUUUAUUGUGCGUGGAAAAUUGGAGAGCGUUGGCGAAGAUGGAAUCAGUGCUCCCCUUUAUGAAGGGAGUGUCUGUGGCGAAGAACUUCUGACAUGGUGUCUUGAGCAUCCCUUAACAAGCAAAGGUUGCAGAAAAGCAAGGAUUCCAAGGCAAAAGCUGGUUAGUAACAGAAGAGUAAUUUGCUUAACAAAUGUGGAGGCAUUUUCUCUCAGAGCAGCAGACCUUGAAGAAGUUACAGGCCUAUUUGCAAGAUUCUUUAGGAGUCCCCGUGUUCGAGGAGCCAUAAGGUAUGAGUCACCUUAUUGGAGAUGCUUUGCAGCAACAAGCAUUCAGGUUGCAUGGAAAUACAGAAUGAAAUGUCUUCGUCGUUCUAAAACUGCAUAAUCAAAUGAAAAUCUCAUUCGAUCCCUUGAAUCAAAUUGGGUCCACAAGCAGAGUGACGCACAUUGAUUCGAUCACCACCGAGACAGAUCUUGCCUCGCCGCCGUCGAAGGUCGCCGUUGAAGGUUGUGCCGCCGCCGUCGAAGGUUGCGUCGUCCUUCCUGAGAUAUCUCUUGUUGCUGUUCAUCUCUUUCUGGCUUUAGGGAUUUGAGUGGGACUUUGGUGUGUUUUCUGGUCUUGAAGGCGUUGAGAAACCAAACCCAAAAAUUUAUGAGAUUGCACUUGAGAGGUCUGGAAACAUUGCACCUGAACAAACUUUGCAUAUUUUACUAUAAUAGGUGAGGUAAGAUAAAGUAGGGUAGGUGAGAUAUGUUAUCCUGUUUUGUCAUUGCAAUUAUAGGCUUGUUAUUUAUUUGGUGUUGUUGGUUUAGUUCCCUGAUCGUGGUUUUGCUUUUGUUCAAGUUUUGGUGUGAUUCUUUGUGUCUGUUCUGGAGAUGUUUUGUUCAAGUUUUGUUCAAGUUCUCAGAAACUUAUAUAUUUGGAGAACUAUUGGAGACAGGUGAAGUGGAUUUAUGUUUAGAUUGGCAGGCAAAGCUUGUUUGGGUAACUGUUUGCAGAGCUGAAAAUACAAUGAAAGUAUGUAGGAUGAAGGAAACUCUUGGUUACUUUUGAGUUAAAAAUAAUUCUAGCAGUGUUGAAAUAGUUAUUCAAAUAUAGACCAAAUCUUCCUUAUGCUGCUGGGAAAAUUACCGUAUCCAGCAUUGCGGAAUGGGAUGAUAUUAAUAGAUGUCAUAUACUUGGCUUAUAAGGGAGCAUUUUUUUUUUGAAGGUUUCAAGUCAUGUUUGACUAGGGUGUUAUUUCUUCCCUUUUACUUCUAACAUCUGCUGGUGUUAUUUCUCCACACACUGUUGAAAGGUUGGUGUUCGCAUUUGAGUUGGAUCUGAUAAUGCUUAUGCAAUGGCCGGUAUUUAUUAGUCAGUAUGUUUCCUUCUUUGACAGGCAUUGGGAAAUGAACAUCUUUGUACUGCUUUCUCAGAUACCCUACUAGACUCCCGAGAGGUUAUCUUUCUCUGCAGGUUAUUGUCAAAUAUUAAACCAAAGUUUGUCAAAGUCUGCAUAAAAGAAUGCAUAUCAGACACUAACUUCACCAGCUUUUGUGAAUCAUGAUAGAAAUCAAGGGUUCCACGACCUUGAAAACCUAGCUAGAAUCAGGUUCACAUAUAUACUUGCAUCUCAUUCCUCACGUAUGAAUCAUCCAUCUUAGCUAUAUUAAUUACCAUUGACCAAUCCUCACGAGACUUACCUUUCCAACAUGAUCAGAAGACACUAAGUUUAGUUAGAACAUAAAAGAAAAUUAUUUGCUUAUAACCGAAACAAGCAAUAAUAUUCACUGUGCCUUUGAGUGAGUCCAUGUGCCAACAUAAAAGUCCAAUUUCUCGAAAAGAGUUGGUGUUUGAUUAUCCUAGUGGUUUUGCUGCUGCAUGUUUCUGGUUUCUGCACCUUUUCUAUUCCCUCCUAGUUUUACAGUGCUGAACGAUGAACCUUUUAUGACCCAGCAUUUUACUAUACACCAGACCCUUUUCCAUUGACUCUGAAAGCAACCUAACAUCCAAACAAGAAAACAACCUUCACCAUAAACCCCCCGAGCCUGAACCAGUUAAUCUUGCCGUGGAGACUUCUGUUAAGAAGAAUACUCAAACCCCCAGAAAAAGUGAACAUGUGAAGAUAGAACGUGAAUCAAAAAUCGGUUAUUUUCAUAAAAGUGACGGUUCUUCCAAAAACCAGCUUCGGUCUAAGUUACGCCUUGUUCGUGUGGGUUCAAAAUUUUCGCAUUCAGUACCGUUGGCACCUUCUUCUUUUGCUAGGUCAACGGUAAAGUCUGAUAACACUCAGAGAAUCCCUGCUGAACAUGAAAGCAUUGAAGUCCAAGGCAGAGGAUGCAAAAGGAGGUUUUUUGAACAGAAAGAGGCUGAGGAAGUGAUACCGUUGAUAUGUAAAAGUUCUUCACCAGAAUCAGUGCUUUAUCAAGCAAGCAAUCACUUCUCUAGUCAACACAAGAGGAGAGUGCGAUGUAUUGCUGUGUGUCCUGUAAAUGAUCACCAAUUUGUCACCAGUGCUUUGGAUGGAGUGGUCAACUUGUGGGAAAUUCAUUCGUCACAGUCUGGAGCUUGUCUUCUCCGAAGUACAAAUUGUAUAUCCCCACAGCAGAGAUGGCCAGAAGACAUAGUUUGGCACCCAGACGGAAACACCUUGCUCUCGGUAUAUAGUGCUGAUGGUCGAGACUCUCAAAUAUCAGUUACGGAUUUCGGUAGAGUAAAAACUGACGGGGUUGGAGAACAAAACAGUCAAGUUUAUAAGCUGCAAUCUUGGAUCAGAUGGAUUUUACAUUGCCAGAAACUGUCGAAACUCUUACACCAGCUACUUCUGGGAUUGAUCCUUUACCUCCUUACAUGGCUACAUCAUCAACUGAGCAUAGUAAAGGUCGGUCAGAUGUGUGGGAGCAUUUUACCAAACAAGAUCCUUAUUCUGAGAAGAAGGCUAAGUGCAAUUACUGUGGUGAUUUGAUUAAAUAUUUGGCUGGAACAAGUGGGAUGAGGAAUCAUUUGAUAAGAUGCAAGGAAAAUCCAAAUAGAGAAGCAUUCAAAAGGAAAAAAAUGUCAUCAUCAACUACAGAAGGGGCUAGUGCUGGCCCUUCACCAACAAUUUCUAAGUUUGACCAAAAUGCAUCUCGAAUGAAGUUGGUGAAGAUGUUUGUGAAGUCCGAGCUUCCUUUUUGAUUUGUGGAAGAUGAAGACUUCCGUGACUUUGUACGAUCCUUGCAGCCACGGUUUGAGGUCCCAUCCCGCACUACAUUGAGGCGUGAAAUGUGGGAACUCUAUGAAGAGGAAAAAGCAAAGUUAAAAAUUUUUCUAUCAAAGCAGUGUGGGAGGGUUUGCUUAACUACAUACACAUGGACUUCAAUCCAAAACCUAAACUACAUGAGUUUAACAGCUCACUUUAUUGAUGAAGAUUGGAAGCUUCAUAAGAAAAUUUUGAAUUUUUCUCAAACAACAGGUCAUUCAGGGGAGCUCAUUGCUAAACAUGUUGAGGCUUGUUUAAAUAACUGGGAGUUGAAGCGAGUCCUUAGUGUCACUGUGGAUAAUGCUACAGCAAAUGAUGUUGGGGUCCAAUACCUCAAAAGAAGGAUGUUAUCAUGGAAUUGUCUUGUCUUAAAGGGAGAAUAUGUUCAUAUGCGUUGUUGCGCACAUAUAUUAAGUUUGAUUGUGAAGGAUGGGUUAAAAGAGAUAAAAGAUUCAAUUUCAAAAAUUCGAAGUGCAGUUAAAUAUGUCAAAUCUUCUCCAGCUCGAUUUGCUAGAUUCAAGGCCUGUGUUGAACAAGAGGGAAUUUCUUAUAGAGGUCUUGUCUGCCUUGAUGUUGAAACCAGAUGGAAUUCAACUUAUCUAAUGUUAGAGGCAAGCUUGAAGUACAAAGAUGCCUUUGUCUUGCUAGAUAUGCAAGAUAAGAAGUUUGGUGCUGAAAUGGCCAAAAGUAGUGGUGUGCCACUAGAAGAGGAUUGGGAAUAUGCGAGGUCUGUUCUACCAUUCUUAAAGAUGUUUUAUGACUCUACCAUGCGGAUUUCUGGUUCUUCUUACGUCACUAGUCAUAUGUAUAUGAAGGAAGUGUUUGGAAUUGGUAAAAAGAUUCGACAAUAUUCUGAGAGUAGUGAUGUGAGCAUAAAAUUGAUGGCAAUGAGGAUGAAGGGUAAGUAUGGCAAAUAUUGGGGAAAUCCCAAUGGAAUUAAUAUCUUAUUAUUGAUUGCUGUUGUGCUUGACCCAAGGAGUAAGUUGGAUUUUGUUAAUUACUUCAUUGACUAUAUAUUUGAACCUAGCAUGGCCAGUGGAUUGAAAUCAAAAUUAUUGUCAUCUUUAAAAACACUUUAUGAUCAAUAUCAAGGGGUUGAGGAGGGUUCUCAAAGUAGCCAACAAGAAUCCCAACUAGAUGAUGAAGAUGAUGAUCCUCAUGGCAUGAGCUUCUACCUAAGAGCUACAGGACGUAAAUUUGAUUAUAUAUCAGAGCUUGAUAAAUAUUUGAGAGAGGAUCCUGAACCUUAUACAAAGUCAGUUGAGCUUGAUGUUUUACAUUGGUGGAAGGUCAACUCAACUAGAUUUCCUAUCCUUGCAAACAUGGCUCGAGAGGUGUUAGCCAUUCCCAUCUCUACCGUAGCAUCAGAGUGUGCAUUCAGUACAGGAGGAAGGGUGGUUAAUCCUUAUCGUAGUUGCCUAACGCCUAAAAUAGUGGAAGUACUUGUUUGCACACAAGAUUGGUUAAGAGGAACACCUUUCUCUAUACUUUUUAAUGAGGAUCCUAAAGAGCUUGAUGAAUUUGAGCAAGAUAUAACUUCUCAAGACGAAGUGGGACCUUCAAGUGCAAUUAAUUUAGAUGAUUGAAGAUGUAUUAAGAUGUAUUAACAUUUUGAUGUUGUUUAUGGGAGAACCUACUGGAGAACCUAUGUAUUAAAAUGUAUAAAUAUUUGAUUUUGGUGUAUUGAAGUAUGAGGCUUAUUUCAAGUA